AUGUCGCCCUUCAUGGACCAAAUCACCAACUCGUAUCAUCAGCUAUACGCAACGCGGUAUGCGCAAGUAUCAUCACUGACCUUGCUCGUGUGGGACUACUUCGUGACGCUUCCUGAUGAGGAACAACUAUUAUGGCACGGGAGAUGGACAUAUCCACGCGCGCUAUUCUUCAUAGUAAGCCCUCUACUUUCGCAAUCAACCACUAUACGAGCCCUCGUGCCCUUUGCAGAAUCGAUAUCAGACAAUAAUAUGGCAGAUCUUCAACACAGUCGCUGGAUUCGCCCCCAGAAAUACUCAGAAAUUGUGCGUGCCACCCUUUCUCAGGACUCAGGGCUAGUCGUGACCACUGACGCUUCCCUUCUUCACUCUCGAUUUAGCUGUCAAGCUUGGGGUCACCAUAUCAUCGAAGCUACGGGCACUUCGAUAGUCUUCUGCGUCCACCUCAUCCUCGCGUUCAGGAUAUACGGACUGUAUGGACGAAGCCGAUGGAUAACAAUAUUCUUAGCCAUCAUGCUCCUCGCGACCCUAUCGGGCGAAAUAUAUGUCGCCAUACGGCUUGCGCCUAACUUUACUCGCAUUCCGCUCCCUUUCAUGGUAAACAUGUUCGUCUGUCUUCCGAGCGAGUCAGUUGACACGUCGCUGUUCUUUGUUCCUGCUAUCGCAUUUGAUAUUGUUGCUUUGGUUCUCGUGGUAGCUCGAGGAGUUUCCCACAUGCGGAUGCAGCGGAACUAUGGCUUCAAUGGGUCCAGUAUCAUGCGCAUCAUGCUUCGGGAUUCGGUAUUGCACUUUCUGAUUAUCUUGGUCAUCUACAUCGCCCUUGCCGUCUCGUGGAUUAAGCUUGAGAUUGCACAACGCUUCCUGCUACACGGAUAUGCGGUUUCUGCUAUUUCGAUGACGGCAACUCGCAUGCUCCUCAACCUCAAGCGAGAAGCUUUGCGUUCACCUCAUUCGAGUAACAAUAGCAGCGGCAGCGAGCGAAUGAAUCGACACGAACACAUCGAGCUUCCGGUGCUUGUACCUCAAGCUGCCCCUGUGAUUAUUGACAUCAAAUAA